AUGGGUAGCAUGACGGGUGACGGUGUGCAGGCGGCGACCGCGCACGUAGAAAGAGGCGACGCCGAUGGGGACUCCGACCCAGAGGCUAGUCCUGCCGUUCGAACCAGAGAAACAGACGCCGCACCCGCUAGCACCCGUGCAGAGAGCGUGUGUGAACCUGCGUCAACCACAGCUAGCGCCUCCGCAGUGACGAAACGGAAGACCCAGACAGUUCUUCCUGCCGUCCUUCCGUGGUCUUUGCCGGUCUCCUCCAGUCGAUUGAUUACGGCCUCGCUUCUGCCAGGACCACAACAGGGAGGCGAUCCGCGUCGUUCUCCGCCAUUUGUCAGGAGCUCUGACGGGGUUGCGUACCUUCCUGCGUCUAGCCUUCUUCCUCCUCCACGCCGUCUUCGUCCGCAGGUGGAACAGCAGCUCUGUCAGUUUCAUGCUCCUUCGGAGGGUGACCGUGCCUCCUUGGAGCACCGCGCUGCGUCCUCGAGCUCUUCUUCCCUCUUCGACCCUUUCGCGGCAUCUCCAUCCUCCACGUAUCCGUGGCGCGAAGGGACGGAUUCGCUGUAUCCGACGGCGCAUGCAGCGGAGUCCCCUGCAUCUGUGCGAGAUGCGGCACCAGCAGAGACGGUGAACGCAUUUCUCCUGCAACGCGCACGCAGAGUCCAAGCUGGGAGGUCUCACCGAAACGCAAGCACCUCUGCCGGACGGCCUCAGCAGUUUCUGCAGCAAGUGCUUCUUCAGCAGCAACCUGUGAGGAGACGGGCUGGCCUCGAGGAACCUUCGACAGGCCUCGCAGCGUCGGCGGACAUUCUCGGUGUUGUCGACCAGCUACGUCAGGUGUUGGAUCGCCUUGAGGGCUCCGACACUCUUUUUGAGGGGCGAUCGACAGUGCCUUCGCACGACGCAACGGAGGAGAGUACGGCUCUGCUAAGGCCUCACUGCCCAACGGCGACGCGUGCGAGUCUGGGGUCUCUGCCGGCGACGAGCCCCUCGGCCCGGCAGACCCGAAGACAGCGGCAACAGCAACAGAGGCAGGACUUGCAGGAUCUAAGACAGCUGAUCUUCAAGAUCGCAGAUCUCACCAUCUCGGACCCGGCGUCGUGGGCAAGUGCGAACGCCUCUGGAGGUCCAGAAACCGACGAAAAUGACCUCCAAAGUCAAGUGCGCUCGCCGACAGAAGCGGGCACCAACACGGAAGUCGUUGGCGAGGCAGGCGCGAGUACAGCUCCGCUCGCGGACCCGGCCUCGCCGUCUGGCGGGAGCUCUGGACCUGCAGAUGCUGCGGGGAACCUAGGGAGCGGCAGCGCAAGGCAGUCCCCGGUGAACGCGCAGUCGACGGCGCCCGCUCCGACAGUAACACCUGCUUCUGCCCAGCAGAAUGUGCUCCUGUUUCUCGGCUACGGAGGGGGGGCGCUGCUGGUCCGCACUCUGAUGGUGAAGGAAACCGCACUUGCGUCGGAUGAGCCGAACGGGUUCGUGUCCGGCGUCGGCAUCUUUGCAGAACUCAAAGAGUUGUUAAUCUACGUAAAGAACGAGUGCAUGUACCUGCUGCGGGAACUGGCGAUCAGCAACAUGCAACUCGCUGCCAUAUGUGCCUGGAAUCCUGAACUGAUGCGUCUUCUCUUUGAGAUGAUCGAAUCCCCGGUUACCUUCGACAGCUCUGAGCUGCUCCUAGAAGAACUGGUGUCGUCUCGCGAGGGUUUGCUUUCCGCGCGACAAGGGUGCCCGCAGUGGUUCCAACAUCCGUCGUCCACUCUCCCGCAGUCUGCAUCUGCGCAGCUCCGCGAGACCUCGCGCGGCCACGGCGAGGCCGGAGUGUCGGUCGCCAGACCAGCAGGAGGCACAGAGACUCAGCACUCGCCGCUCGCGGAUCCCUUCUCGUCGGCGUCCUCGCCUUUCCGAUCUGGGCAAGUCCGUCAAACGAACUUUGUUGCCCGUCUCAGCAUGCGCCAUGUGGCUGUGAUGACCCGCCUUCUCAGUCUCCUGCUCUUCGAAAGAGACGACCGGCACGCGUGCGAAGACACACUUUCGCUUCUCCAGAUUCCUCGCGCAGACGCUGAGCACAGACAGGGCCGGGAGCGGAGAAAACAGAGAAAACGGCAAAAGAGGGAAACCGAGGAACGCGUGCGCUGGAGACAAGCCGCAUCGGAGAGCGACGCCGAGCCAGAGGACCGACCUGACGAGAGUCGAAGAUCGGUCCUGAAAGCCAAGGGUGAGGAGCGGCCGAAGGCGCAAAGUGACCGUCCGGCGACGAAAGGAAAAAGCGACAGCAGCGCUACGUCGAGUUCGUCAUCCUCGUCUUCUCGAGCCAGCGGGAGAGAAGAUUCGAUAUGGAAUCAGAGCGAUGUGGACGACAGCCGGACGUCCACGGACGAAGCGGAGGAAGAGGAACCGAAAUACCCGUACAUCUUCCCGAGCCUUAUUCAACCCGUUUACUCGUCUCGCGAGAACGUAGGUCGCCUUCUGCGUCGCGCCCUGGAUCGCCGUCUCCGGGGGGAAAGCCAGCGGCUUCGGUCGUCGUCUCCAUCUGCAGCGUCUGGCGAAGGUGGCGUGCUCGACGGCGGCGCCAGCGACGCUCGUGACGCCUCCGGAGAGAGACGGAGACUCCUCGCUAGCUGGGACGCUUCGUGCUCCACGUGCAGCCCCGCCCGCCCGCGCAGCGACGAAAGAGAGGGUAUGGAGUCGGUUUCGCUUGCGAAGGAGGCUCCGAAUGGUGCGGGGGGAACCGAACAGGAAGAACAGGGCGACGUCUUUGAAGCGGAUGCAUAUGCCUUCAUCCUGCAAGGCGCCCCGCGCCCUCCUGCCAGUUUGCCUGCGCAUGCCGGCCUCGAGUUGGAACCGAGCCGGGAUGAGGAGUUGCCUCGAUCUCGAAAUCGGUCUCCCGGGUCUUCGACCUCGCUCGAGAGGCGGGGCGGAAGCGAGUUCGGAGCCGGCGAUCGACGGGGCGAGGAGACACUUCCGUCAGGAAACGGUCGCUCGCAGCUGGAGACAAGAGGCAGAAGUCGACGAAGACAAAGGCCAGCCUGUCGGCACUGGAGUGAGAGUCCGUCGCGGCGCACCGUCCCGGCUGCUUUGUACUUCGAUGCGUGGCGCGGCAGGUGGACGAGGCGCGCAGACGCAGCGAGCGACCGGGGGGACAGGAGAGAAGGGGGAACGCGUGCAGUUUGGCGCGAGAGACCGUGGAUCGAACAGCGGUUCAACCGCCCGUCCUGUCUCGCUCUCGACCGGCAGCUUUAUGUCGAUGUCCACACGCAGAGCACACCCGAGCUGCUUCGAGAAUUAGACGACGGCGCCGGAAGAAGAGAGGCGAGGACUCUUCGCUGCUGCCCCUUGGCCGCCACGGGACUCUUCCACAGCGCCUCGUGCGACGUCUGUCUCGUCGGCAAUCAGAGAGCGAUUCUCGACUGCCCGCAACUCCUUGAGCGCCUUGUCGAUCUGCUGGCGCUCCAGGUUCUGCCUCUCCCGGCUUGUAUCAGUGGGCUGACCUGUGGCAACAUGCCCGGCGUUGACUCGGCGAACGCCCUCAUUCAGCGUCUCAGUCAAUCGACAACUCCUCUCUUCGAGGAGGCCCUAGGCCUGGCUUCUCUCCCUUCCUCAUCUUCCGCUUCGGUCUCUUCCGCAUCUGCGUCGCAUGCCGUCCGUGCUUCGCCUCACGCCCAGCCGGGCGCGAGCGGCUCCGGGCAAGGCUCCACAUCGAGCGCUGCCGCCCGUUCGCAGCCUACCCCUCGCAGUCAGGCGCCGCGCACACUGACACGCGAAGCCACUCAGGCUUCUCCGCCGGCUGCAGCGUCUCUGCCGACCGCGCCGUCUUCCCUCGAAGCCGUGCCUGGAGAAGAAUCUCUGUCCGAGUCUGCUUCGGGUAACGCCUCUGUCCCCGGCGCGGCUGCCUCGCACCAGCCUGCAGGCCGCCGCGACGCUUCCAACUCGGGGCAGACGACGAGUGGCGCACCUGGCGGCGUUUCCCGCCCGUCGCCCUCUGUCUGGCGUCGUCUGUCGUCCUUCGUGACCGGAAAUCGCAGCUCCGCUGGGGAACGUCGCCCGCCCUCUUCAGAUGCCUCCGUUUCUUCCUCUUCGUCUUCCGCUUCUUCGGCUGAGCGGCGGAGCAGUCGCGCAGAAGGCAGUGCCUCUCAGGGAGCGCCUGGCAGCGCGACGGGGCCCGAGUUGGCGGCGUCUCACGGGUCUUCUGUGGGGCAAGUCAGCGCCACAAUCACGCUCGAAUUCACGCCCGAGGGGUUGCUGAUGGUCCCCGGGGUUGCAUCCAGCGGUGCGGCGGCCACGGACGACGGGGCGUCUUGGGCACUCUCGUCUGCAGGCGGGUCAGACGGCGAGAGCCCAGCCGAGACGCCUGCAGAGGGAGGAGACAGCUUCGCGGCUCCGGCGGGAGGAGAGGCGCUGUCUCCGUCUGCGACGUUGCUUCCGGCCAGCUCCGGCGAAACACGCACGGCAGCUGAGGAAGGCCUUUCCGCCAUCCCAACCUUCGUCCCCUCUCCUGCUCACCGAACGAGAACGAUGCGAGUGAUUCCCGAACCCGUCCAGUUUCCGCGGAUCACUUUUCCCGUCGCUGCAGUCGUCGAGGCGCGGCACAGAAGUCGCCAGGCUGCUCUGGAGGCUUCUCCGGGACUGUUGCCGAAUUCGCAGAGGGAGACACUCGUCCCGUUCGCGCCCGCUGCCUCCGGCUCUGCGGAAACUGAAGUCGAGCUCGCAGCAGCCCUAGCAGCCAUGGGAGGUUUUGUCUGGUUCCCGAGGGCGUUCGGGGCGGUCGAGAACCCGGCGACGGUGCUCCCACUCACGGCCGCGGGCCAUCCCAUCGUCUACCUUCCGGAGAGUUUUACGACUGGGGGCACUGCGGCGACGUUCUCGCCCUUCGUCCUCGUGCUGCCUCGCCCCUCUUCCCAGCCACUCGCCUCGCCAGAUGCCGCGAGUCCAGGCCAGGAGGAUUCGGCGGAAACUGCGUCUUCAGGGGCUUCUUCGCCCAGUUCGUCCGACCCGCCGGCAGCUUCGAGCGGAAGCAGUGCAGCGGACUAUCUGUGGAAUCUUCUUUCCCUGGGCUCCAACGCUUCCCUUCCUUCUCUCCCCGAACCUGCCGUCUCGCAUGCGGCUCCGCAGGCCUCCGGCGCCAGCUCGGAAGCACCUGCGGCGACUCCGGCCUCUCCUCCACAGGCCGGACAGCCUUCCGUUGUCGUCUCCUCGUUUCCUUCGGUUCCGUUUCCGGGCGGCGUGGCGAACGCGUCGGGCGCGCGGACCGUCGUCCAGGUGAUGGUUCAAGCCGUCGCAGCCGUCCCGGGAAACGAAGAUUUUUUCCCGAGUGCGCUCCUGGGGGCGCAGAUGCCAGCGCGCCCCGACGCCCAGCUAGCGUCCUCUGCUUUCCCUCUCUCUCUCCCCUUCGCCGGCGCAGCUGGUGCCGCCGCUGACGCGUCUGCCGCACACCCUUCCAGUUCGCUCCGUCCUGCGCCUGCUGGGGCGGGUGCGAACUCGACAGAUUCCCUCGCUGCCGCACCCACGAACCGCGCGCAGAGCCUCACCGGGGGCGCGACCGCGAAUCGCUGGACAUUUGUCCCCGAGACAGGGUGGAUGGCGUCGACGUCUGGUACUGGCGGCCACUCGGCGGAGUUGGCCGCAGGCGCGGGCCCCGUGGGCGUCUCCUCCUUUGACUUCGCUGCGACUCGAGGGGUCGGCGACAUCCUCGGCGAGGGCCUGAGCACCACGCUGUGGACAACUGAAGAUCUGGAAGAUCUCUCCUCGCUGCAAGCUGGCGGUGAUGGCGCUCAACAGGGGACCCAGCGCGAUCUGGAGCAGCUUCAGCGCGUCUUGGACCAGGCGUUCGAGGGCUAUCGAAGUCAGCGCCGAGCUGUGAAACGCGAGGCGCGGGCCGCCAGGGAGAGGCACCGGCGCGAGAGGCGGGGCGUGGACGAGGAUCCGCUCGCUGGAGAAUCCCCCGAGAGAGCACUGGGGCGACGCACACUUCCGAAUGCAGCGGAACGCGUGACUCGAAACCCGCCGGCGCCUGACGCUGCCACGUCUGCCGCUCCAGAGCCGGCUCUUUGCAGCGGAAUAAACCUUUUUGACUCACGUCAAGGCACGCAUGCGUCAAACGCCAGCGCGCGCCCCUCCAGCUCGGCCUCUUCCCGGUCUUCUUCCUGUUCCUCGUCUUCGGUGGCUCGGCGUCGGCCUCGUCGUUCUUGGUUUGCGGACGCGGGCGGAUCGGCGGGCAGAAGCGCGAAAGGCCCCGACGGGGCAGGAAGCGGUCGGGACGAAGUCGCCUCGCGCCGUUCGACUGGGUAUGCGGCCCCAGAGUGCCCCGGCAAUGAGCGAGGCAGAGCGCGAGAAGGCCCGACCGAUUCCUCGCGCUGCAUGCGCAUUCAUCCCAAGGGGGAGCGCAGCAGUGACGCGAGCGUCUCCCGCGUGGGAGCGAUCUCUUCUUCUCGAGCUGUCGAACCCGAAGAGACCGGGAAGGGCGCGGAUGGCGCGGGAGGCGAGGCCGAGCCGCCAGACGGCAACGUGUUCACCCGCCUCCUGAGGCGUCUUUCUUCCUCCUUUUUCAUGUCGCGUACGAGUGAAUCGCGCGCCGGAGACAGGUGGGAUACUGCAGACGCCAACAGUCGUCGCGAGGGACGCCCGGCCGAAGGCGCCGACUCGCCCCGUGCGGCAGCUUCAGAGGCGGCUGUUGAAACGAAGGAAAGCCAGGGAGGAGUGAACGAAAACGGAGGCGAAGGGAGGGAAGGCGGGCGCAGUCGCUCGCCUUCCCACGCCGUGGGUGGGGCGAGGCGAGGAAGCAGAGACAGACAGAGGGGUGAAGCGCUACGCCUGGCCGAUCCCGAGGAGACGGAAGACAGACCGCAAAUCCAGGCGUCAGGCAGCGGCCAGGCGCCUCAGCCCCCGCCUUGUUGGGGGGGGUCGGCCUCGCUGGUCUCGCCUGCGUCCUCGUCGUCGCGGCCUCGCACGGCUUCAGUGGAAGAUGCUGACGGUCUAGGCGAGGCAGCCGAGAGACGAACUGGCGGAGAAGAUGGGAUCGUCUGCUCCGGCAGGUCUGCGGUUUCCGGUUUGUUUCCUUGCUUGUCCAUCUCGUCCUCUUCUUUUCCUCUCCUCCCUUCUCUCGAGCGAUCGUACUCGACGCUCAGUGCGGAGAGUCUACAGGACACCGACUUCCGUUCUUUUUCUGAGGCGCUGCCUGGCGACAUGGCUUCCUUCGCUUCGCUGGCGCCUGCGCCCCAGACUGCGGAGUGGAGACUCGCGGAAGAGAGGGGAGGCGAGCUGCCUCGACGAGGCGACGAUCCGAGAGGACGGGAAGAAGGGCGCGGCCUAGGGGGGACGGGGGGUUGGCGGGUGAAGACGGAAGGAGACAGUCAGGCGCGCGCUCAAGGCGAGAGCAAGGCCCGACCGUCGCAGCCGGUGAGUGGGUUGACAGAGAGAGAGCGCGCACGCAUGCGACGGUAUAUUCUUCGGCUGGAGCGCCGAAAGCGCAUGGAGCGGACAGAGGCGACGCGCGAGCAGAGAGGCAAGACAGAGCGAAGCGCAGACGGCUCACCGACCGUUUCCGCAGGUGGCGACGAGGCGAAGAGCGAAACAGAUCCAACCCGAGACGUCGAAGGAAGAGGCGAAACGCCACACGCAGCCCUGCCCUCGGGCCUGUCUCGCGCGCUCCUUUGGGCCCGCGGGGGGCCCAAGAGACACCUGGAGGCUGCGCGUCGUGCAAGAAGCCUCGGCGCCUCCGGCGAGGCGACGAGCGAGGAGGAGAAAGGCGACGGCCGUGGCGAGCGUCUCGCGUCGGAGGGUAGCACAGAUGGCGAUUCUUCUCGCAGAAGCGAGGACAGUUCGCGAGACCAGGCCCUGUCGCUGUCGAGCAACGCGACUGCAACUUUGACGAGCUCGUGGAGUUCCAGCUCGGACAGCAGCUUCAUGUCGACCUCGACGGAGGAUGAGGCGGACGAGACCAUCAAGUUGCUCCGUUUGGAGAGGAAGGCUUUGCCGUCGGACUUUGAGUUCUUGUCGUCGUUGACUGCUCGCCGAAAGCCGGUCGCUGGGAGAAAGAGAAGCGAAGACAACUUCUCCACUUCUUCCAGUCCCUCGAACGCCCUCAAUUUCUUCAGGGCGCCGAGACGACGCCCCACGGCCGCUCGUGGCGGCGCGGACACUGCGAGCAACGGCGGCGACGCCCUCGCCAGCCGAAAGGAAAAGGAGCACAGACGACCGACGAGAAAAGAUCCUGUGGAACCUGCCAGGGGCAACGCCGGCGAGAAGAGACAAACCGAGGGGGAGCACCGCGAACAGAGGAGACAGAGAGCGGAAAGGCAGCCGGAAAGCGACGGAGACUGUGAACAGUGUCCCCAGAGCGACUGGCGUCGGGAGAGCAAAGGGCGGGCAGUCCCUCCGAAUCUCGACAAGCGAGAAUACGGAUGCGACGAAGAUCCUUGCAAUCUGGGGACCAAUCCGGCAGAUGACGGCGUGGCGGAAAGGUCCGACAGAGACGACGAAGGACGCGUAGGGUUCGGCGCGGACGAACGCCCCGGUGAGCUUUCGGCCCCGAGUCCCGAGACCACAGGUUCUCUUCGCUCCGCGUCAAGGGAACAACUUUUCCCUUCUGUGCGACACUCCUCCAUCGUUCGUUCCUCGUCCUCUUCGUCUGUCCCUUUGCCUUCCUCGUCUGCGUCUGCCCCUUUGCCUUCCUCGUCUUCGUCUGUCCCUUUGCCUUCCUCGUCUUCGUCUGUCCCUUUGCCUUCCUCGUCUUCGUCUGUCCCUUUGCCUUCCUCGUCUUCGUCUGUCCCUUUGCCUUCCUCGUCUUCGUCUGUCCCUUUGCCUUCCUCGUCUUCGUCUCGUCGCCUGCCUGAGGGCGAGCCGUCGGCAUCUGAGGACGGCGCCUCGGCGAUCUCUCCCCUUCGCGCAAGCGAGACCCAGGCGCGCCCCAGCCCUGCGCCUUCGCAUCGACCUUCGCCGUCUGCCGCGCAGCCACCAAACCCGUCCUCCUCUGUUUCUGCCUCGUCGGUCUCUUCUCGCGUCGCUGGCGGCGCGCCUGCACAGGCCACGGGGCCUCUGGUGUUCGAUACCCUGCCGGAGACGCGCAACGUCAUCAGUUUCGUUCCGCGAGUCGUCGGCGACGGAGACGCCGCUGCCUUGGCUGCGCUCGGCGCGGGACAGCUCGGCGGGGGCGCGAUGAGCGUGGACUUUAUGCUGGCGACGGCGCUGUCGGCUCUGGCGCAAGCGGCCGCUCGCAGCAACAACGAGUGGCUGCACGUGCUUCUCAACGGCCUCGUGCAACAUUUUGCCUCGCCGAAUCGAUCCUACGUGCUGAGGAUCGCCUCUCUCUGCCAGCAUCAGCCGGAGCAGUACUUUGUGAUUUGCGGUUUGCUCGCCGGGCGCUUUCGGAAUGAGGUCCAGCAACGGCUCAACCAGCGACGGUUCCUCCCGCUGCUCUCGCAGCUCUUCGACACUCUCGUCUGGUUCGCUCCCGUCCCCUCUCGCGAAAAGAAGUCCCGCGGAAAAGGGAGGGGCUACCCGCCCAGCGACCGCGAUUUCGAGCGGGGCGCAGAGACCACGCCAGCGGCGCCUGGGUGCCGAGGCGGCGAGGCGAGGAGCCCAAGCCAAGACGGAGCCGAGCGGCAAGAGGACGACCUCGAGGGAGAGGAUCCUCUCAAGCUCGCGUGCGAGUCCUCGCUCUGCGGACUGACCGUCGAGUUCCUCCGCGUCAUCCACGACGUCUGCGACUUCGAAUCCGGAACCGUCGCCAGCGCCACGAAACGGCAGCUGCUGACCGUCCACGAAAAAAACGUGGUCAUGCACUCUCUGCGCCGCAUUCGGCGCGUCGACAUUGCGCGCGACGGCAGGCCGCCGUGCUGCAUCCGCGUGGUUCGGCGUCGCGCCGCCGUCGUUCACCCCCACCCGAUGAUGUGCGUUUCGCGGUCAGCGCAGGAGCGAGAGGACGAGAAGGCGAGACAGGAGAGGAAACGGGAAACGCAUCAGAGACGACGCGGACGGCCGCAGCCCGAGGACCGCCACGGCGAAACUGGAAAUUCAGAAGGCGACGGCGAUCCGAAACCUCUCGAUGCUAUUGACACAACUCCAGACGUGGCUUCUGAUGGCACACCGUGGUCACCUCACAGGGAUCCCCCGAAGGCCGCCUCCUCACGCACGUCUUCUGUCUCAUCGCUUGUCGCGUCCUCUCGUUCGUCGUCCGUUUCGUCGAGGUCCUCGAGUGUCUCUUUGUCUCCUCCGGACGCUUGCGGUAGCGAUCCGGCGAGCGACGGUGGCGGGUACGGGGGAGCUGGCGGACUGGGUUCUGGGAGUGUGCAUCAAUCGGGCGAGCGUCAUCCGCGGGUGAUGACGCGGUAUGUUUUCAAGGGCACCAGUGGGCUGCUGACGAAGUUGAUUGCUGUCUACGCGAGCGAGUCGUGUGCCUCGGUGUACAAGUUCUGGCUGGCCUCCUCCAUUGAAGCGUGCAUUCGGGGCGGCGAUCCGCUCUUGAAGAUUUUCGCUGCGGAGCGAGGUCUGCUGCACGUGCUCCUCCGAGACAUCGUGAAGAUCGCGCGCCAGCAGCACCGCGUCCAGGCGCUCCAGAGCCGGAGGCGCCUGCGGAGAGCCUCUGCGAACCAGAACGACCAGUGCGGAGGCGAUGCGGCGCCGAGCGAUGAGGGCGAACGGGAACCUGGGCGAGACACGCCGGAGAGGGCGGACGGAAAGGCGCGGUCUCCGGGCCCGCGAGGCGGAGAAGACGGACGCGGGGAGCUGUCAGAUGCGGAUGGUGUCGACGCGGCGUUGUCGCCGUUUCAUCCUUCGCCUGUCCAUCGAGGGAUUCUCCAGUCUUGCUGUGACCUUCUCGGCGAGCUCAUCAAGUUCAACCCCUACGUGCUGCACAUGCUGAACGUCUACUUGGCCUCGCGGCCCCGGACGCUGGCUUUGCUGCUCAACGUCCUCGUGGAGAACCUCGUGGACAGCAAUGUCCUCCUGCGCUCGCUCUACCUCACCAUCGAGUUCUGUCGCCAAGUGCGUCAUCUCCACUGCCUGCUUGUCGGGGCGGCGCGCACGGCCCUUCGCGCCGCCGCCGCGCCUGCCUCGCCCCUGCCGCUCUGGAGCCUCGGCGACGGCCCAGGGCUCGUCGGGCCUCGAGAGGCAGCGCUCGUGACGCUGCCUGCUCGCCUCCUCAGGGUGAUGAAGGUGUCCCCGAGCGCGAGUCUACAAAACGCCUUAGGGAGGGACGGCCUGUCGCUCCCACCGCCAGCCUUGCUGCCCGCGAGUGGCGGAGACAGUGGCUGCUUCCCUGUCUCCCCGGCGGCGCGCCGAUCCAUUCAGCUCCAGGCCCUCGAGGCCGCGAUGAACGACCCUCUCCGGGCCCCGCCGCUUCUCUCGCCCAAGGCACCGCUCGCGUUUCCGCCUCGGCCUUCCAUCCUCCAAACUCGAUACUCCGCCAGUGCCUUCGGCGCGCCCUAUAGUCGGGGGCCUUCUCUCGCGGCUGCAGCCACAGCUGCAGCCGCGACUCUCGCCUCGGGGCCCGACGACAUGGGCUAUGCACCCGCUGCACACGGAGCCGCCUUUGGGCGCCAGGGGGAACCGCCUUCGGAGCCGUCGAGGUCACGAAUCGGAGACGCCCAGGCGUCGGCGGGUUCAGACUCUCUGUCCCGGGACGUCGACGAUGCGCUCGUGCUCCUGAAGAAGGAGUUGCUGCCGCUCUGGCGAGCGGUCCACGUGUUUGAGAGAAACGCGAAUAACCCCUACGCACUGCAUGCGGCGGAAGAUCCCUCAGGGCUGCGGCGCGCCGCCGCAUCUCCCCGAGCCCGCAGAGGAGCCCACAACGCCGUGGCGGCGGCGGCGCGCGCCCUGGCUGGCGGACGCGAUGCCGCGAGAGGCGAGACGGAGAAGCGCCAUCGCGGGAAAACAGAGAGGAGACAGGGAGAAACCCUGCCGACCUGUGACAGAUUCGGCAUGCCUCAUCAAUUCAGCGACUGCUGCGUUCGCGGCUGGCACGCGGCGCCUUCGGGCCUCUCGCUACCCUUUGUCGAGGGCCCUUCCCUGCGCUCGCUUCUCGCGCGGUCGGAGACGCAGCGGGGGCGAAGGCAGACACAGCCAUGCGACGAGGAGACACGGAGAGUCGCGGGAGAAGACCAGAACGGACAGGACGCGAAAGCGAAGGAGAGUGACAGGGUGCGAACAGAUCGCGCAUGCGAAGAAGCAGACGGCGAGUUCGACGCGGCCUCAGACCAGUUCCAUGGGCCCUCUGCUACUUCUCGCGGAUCCAGGCCAGAACCGUACCCAGAAGGCGACAGUCCAUCGACGCACGAGGCCGCGUCUUUGCGCCAAGUCGCAGCUUCUUCUUUGUCUUCGCGAUGUGGUUCUUCGCCGUUCCCGGCCUCUGUUGACCUCGCGGAAGCAGCUGCAAAGGGGGGGUACUGGCAGCGGGCGCCGCUGCGCGACGCGCGUGCGGAUCUGCGCGUGGAAGUCUCGGCAGCCAUGGCCGACAACGCCCUGAAGAAGUGCCGUGAACUGCAUGCAGUGUUCCGCACCAAAUACGCCGUGGACAUCGAAGACGUCGUUCCCGAUGUUGGAAGCGAAGCAGAGGCCCAACGGCCCCUGUUCCUCUUUUGCAGGCUCCAGCGCACGGCGUUGAUCAAGAAGCUCAUGUGCGUGGUCCCCUUCGACACCGUCGCCCCUGACACGAUCUGCUGCGUCAACAGCUGUCUUCUUCUGCUAUUGCUGGCGUUGCUGGAUGGCGAACUGGAGGAGACGCUGGACACAGUUCGGCGCGACUUGGCGGAAGAAGAGGCUGGCGGCUGCCCCGUCCUCGCCCGUCAGGCGCGCGGCGCCUGGCCCUCGCCGCCGGCUGCGGCACCGCAUCGCGUCGCGCCUGCUGCGACUUCUCUUCUCUUCCGCAUUUGCCGAGACGCCGGCAACGUCCCGACGCUCCUCUCGGCGGCGCAUGCAAGUUGCCGCCGGUGUCGGCGGGCCGCCCUGGACCGCCUGAGGGCGAGGCGGGAGAGAACGGACACCCGGCGCGAAGGCCAGAGGAAAAAAGGCGAGGACGCAGGCCGCGGCAGGACGAGGGCGAGGGAAGAGAAGAACGGCGAGGGUCCGCGCGAGUCGAGAAGCCCAGGCCGUGCCUUGUCGCCCCCCGCAGCUUCUCUGGGUGAAGCUGGAGCCGCCGAGGGCCGUCCAGGCCGCAGACUGCGCGGAACGCCGGAGUCCGCAAACGACGACGCGGAGCGACUGAGAGGCGUUCACGCGACAAAAAGGCGCACGGGUGGAGCUGGUCAGAGUCUCGCUGCUGGCGGAGACUUCCUCCACUGCGCUGCACAUCUGCUGCGACAGCACGAGGAAGGCACGGGCGGCCUGGCGCGCGACAAAAAACACUUGCGGGGCAUGAGCCUCCCAGUCCACAACUUUUGGUGUCUCCUCCACUUUUGGCAGCUCCACUACAGUCGGCGCGCGACGGACGCUCGCGGCCUGGAGUUCUCGUGUCAGAUUCCUCUCGCGCUUUGGCACGAGCUCGUGACGAUUCUCGGGGGGAAAAGCACGGAACGCAGCAGCUUGGCUUUCCGAGAAGACCGCAGACGGUGGCCGGCGAAAGCGAGCGAAAGGAAAACGUUACUAUCGUAG